CUGUCGUUAGUCGUGCAUCGUACAUCAGUCCGCGCUCAACUACCACGCCGGUCACCCGCCAAUACGCACUUCAGUGUUUACAAGUGAACUCGCGUGGGUAAUAAACUCGAAGACCGCGCUCGCGGUUGUGAUAGUGUUUCAAGAGUGUAAAGGUGGCCGGCGCAACGGAGGCGGUGCAAGGCAUGUUGAUGGCGGGCGCUCUGCCGGCCGAGUCCGAUGGACUUCUGGCUUUGGGCGCAUUGCCGGGCCAGAAAGAUACCACCUGGACCAAACUUUUCGUCGGCGGACUGCCGUACCACACAACCGACAAAAGCCUUCGGGAACAUUUUGCGGUUUACGGCGACAUCGAAGAAGCCGUCGUCAUUACAGACAGACAAACCAACAAGAGCAGAGGAUAUGGCUUUGUGAUAAUGGGUGAUAGGACUGCAGCGGAGAGAGCGUGUAAAGAUCCGAAUCCCAUCAUAGAUGGUAGGAAGGCCAACGUCAACCUCGCUAUUCUUGGAGCUAAACCUAGAGGGAAUCUCGCACCAGGGUUUGGCUUGGCUGCCGCCGCGGCUGCAGGAGUGAGGGCAGGCUAUCCGACUGUUUUACCGGCGCACUAUGGGUUGUCUCCUGGAUAUGUGUACGGAACUCCGAGUUACAUGGGCGCUAUGAGCGGCGUCGGUGGUGGUGUUGGUGCCGGCGCCGGGGGGCUAGUGCAAUUGCCUCAGCUCCAACACGCUGCGGCAGUCGCGGCUGCCAACCACCUAUACGAAUACCAAGCCGCCGCAGCCCAGGGUGCAGCUGCGUACCAACAGCAAUACGCUGCAGCAGGAUUUGAUCCUUACGCCACUGCUGCAGCAGCGGCCGCUGCAGCCACAGGCGCUGGUUACGUCUCGCCAUACUAUGCGCUGCCCGGGGGAGGAGUCCAGGGACCGCUACUUCCACCAUUGCCGUAUCCUCCUCAACUGCAGGAGGCGAGGAUGCAGUAGAAAGUUUUUAUUAUUAACCCGAGCUACGUUUGUGAUAUACAAAAUUCAGAUUACAAGGAUUUUAAAGAAAGGUUAACUAGAAAAAUUUCAGUAACAAGUAUUCUGACAUUCGGUAAUGAAAAAGAUAAUUAUUUAGUAAAAAUAUUGAUUAUAAUAUAUGUAUGUAAUUGAAAACGUUUAAGUUUACUUAUAAUCGGGAAAUAAGUUCUGCCUUAGAUUGACACAUACGAGGAAUACUAUGAAAAAUCACAAAUGUAGCUUGCGAUUCUAAAAUUGAUUUAUUAAUAUAGAAAUUUAAGUACUUACUUAGAAUCGAAUCUUCUAGAUUCUGUUAACAUGCAGCAGUACGAGGCCAAAUUGAAGUUUAGACAAGAAUAGGGAAGACAUAGUUUCUAUCUAUUUAACCAAAUGAACGCUAAUCAUGACCAAAGCUAUAAGCUUUUAUUUAGAAGUUAGAAAGUAUUUGGGUACACCGGCCAGUAUAGUGAUGUAAUAGUAAUAAUAGUUAUUAUUUUACUAAAGUAAUAAUAUUAGGUAACUGAUACAUUGAAGAUCGGUUUAAUAGGAUUACUUAUGUAAUCACCAGCGACUGAAGCUGGUGUACAAUGAUCUUACGCGUCUACGCAGUAUCUAAUAACCAACAUUUUGACAUAAUAAAACCGACUUCAAAACAAUAAGAUGACAAUUUCAUUAAUGUAUGUAAUUGAAGUCAAUGUAAUGUGCAUUAUUAAGGAUAACUCAAAAACUACCAGUCAGACCUUGAUUCAAUUUAAAUGGGACCACACGGGAAGCAACGGCUUUUGAAUGAAAUUAUUCAAAUUCAGUUUACUUAGAAAAAAUAUCUGAGUUAUGUGAAACAUAAGAAAAAACAAACGAAUUCUAUUAUUGAAGUCGGUUAAAAAUAAACAGAAAUUAUGUACAAAGAUAUAAAGUUGGUUGUCAACUUGAAUGAAUACAGUUAGAAAAACCAUAACUAGAGGCUAGUUUAUAUUGGCACUGAAGUGUAUGCAUUGCCCCAGCAAUGUAAUGUGUUGAUAUGUAUGAGAAUUUUAUUUUUCUAAAACUGAUGAAUAGCACAGGCUUGCUAAACGUGACAUUAUAACAUUAGUAAAUUCCAGUUACAACCUGGUUUUUGUAUUUAAUGUUCGACGUUCGAUAUUUUAAAUUUAAAUUCGUUAGCAUUCUAUUUCAGUAAUUAAAAAUAAAUAAAUAAAUUGACUUAAAGAUCAUAUAUUAGAAAUAGCAAAGAAGCUCUGAAAGAAAAUAGAUUUGUUCGUUCUAUUAACAUGUCCAUGUUGCUCAAUAAGGCCUGCAUAGGGCUUCAUUUAGCUUAAGGUGAGGGAGAGCAAUAAAGGGCUAUAGUAUAUUAUACUUAAAACGUAAGUUACUGUACUUAUUUUAUAUAUCGAAAACCUAUGUUAGUAAUUGCCCGUAAAAUAUUUAAUUAUAGUUCUUGCUCCAAAGCGGUAUAGGGUACUUACUAGGUAGAAUAAUUAUUCAAUUACUAGUCCAUGUAAUUUUUAAUUUAAUGAGGAUCAUAAGAUUGUCGGUUGCGUAAGCUGUUCUAAAAAAAAAAAUUCAAACUUCUCCCAAUCAGCUUCUUGCCAUUUGACAGCUGAUAAUUUAAAUUUAGAAAAGCUACAAACAACCGGCGAUAUAGUGUAAUAAUUAAUCAGUAGUCCUAAUAGAUUACUGAAAUUUAGCAUGUAAGCUUAUAUAAUAAUAAUUAUAAUAUUAUGCUGUUAUUCGUAAUUUAUUUUGUUGAUAUUUGUAAAUCUACAUGUUGAUAACUAUUUAUUAUGAAGAAAAAAAAAAGAAAAAUAUUGUUACUACUGCUGACCGACUAGCACGGGGCACAUAUAAUAUCUAUAAUAAGUGAAGGUUCGGAUUAAAAUGUAAUAAUAAUAUUAAACCCUGAAUUUUCUAUAAUGUUCCGUAACAUUUUCAAAAGUGGAUUUAAUUUGAUUUAAAUGCGGUGUUUACAUACUUGUUAAAAAAUAUUAAAGUAGAUUAUUAUACUGUUUACGGGAAGGUUAUUUUUUUAUCAUCUCUGACAUUUUUCUUUUAAGAAACUUAAAUAUCUCAUCACGUCCCAAACUAUAAGUACUCAGUUUUGAACAUUAUAUGUGUUAUUGCCGAAUUUUCACUAAACACUCAUCAAAUAAUCCACACAAACGUGUCUUAUAAAACAUUCGAUCAGAUAUCACUAUGGUAUUAAAAUAUAAUUAGGGAUCCUUGUACUGAGUGUAGUACAUAUAAUAAUGUGUAUAAAAAGAAAAUACCGUGUACUCAACAUGUACAAGUAUUUUAGUUAUGUUUUAGAAACAUUGACUUAAUAAAACUGAAAUUUAUGUAUUGUACGAUUCAUUCUUUUUCAGGAGAAAUAUUUUAAUUAAUCGCUUUAGAAAAUGUAUGUAACGUACAUAUGUGUAUGGGGUGCGAAAGAAUUGUCAUAAAACUGAAAUAUUUAACGAAUAACCUUAUUUAAAUGAUCGAAAUGUUCGGGGGGAUAACUCGGAGCAAUUUAUGUAAACUCCGAUGCAUAGAUAAAAACUGAAACCAAAUGGUACAUAUUAAUAUAAUGUGAGCCAUAUUAUGUGGCCAUCUUGCCUUAAAAAGUAUAAAUAUGUUAGAAAAUAAUAUACUAUUUUAUAUUAUAUUAUAUCAUACUAUAUAAAAAACAGAGGAAUAUACUUUAUACAUUCAAUUCAUUAAUAUUUAAAAUAAUAAUAGGAUAAAAUACAAUUUAAAAGUAUAUAUUAUCAUAUGUGACUUAAUUACACAUAUCAAUCACAUCACAUAAUAUUUAAAUGUAGGAAGAGUAUGGUUUUUAAGUAUGUAUCUGUCGGGUUAUUUUUUCAUUUCACAAUGUAAUUGGGCGUUCCAGUCUAACACGUAUUUUUUAAUGUAAAAACAAAAAAUGAUAUAUUAUCCUCCCAAAAAAAUUAGGAAAUAUUGAAUUCUAAAAAAAUAUCUUUCAUACGUAAAUAUUUUCAAAUUGUAUUAGAAGUUAUACAUAAUUCUGUUGUUUACGACUUGACUCCAAACUGAUUGCAGUGAUUAUAUUAUGUAUUUAAGAUGUACACAUGGUAAUCUGUGACAUAGUCACUUUUCACUAACGACAAUAAUCCGAUGUUUUCCCUGUCCAACAUCACGUUACUUAUUUUUUUGAUAGCUUUUAUUUGUUCUUAUGAACCGAAUACUAUGCCAUGACAGUGCCGUAAUGUCUAAACAGUCCAUUAUUAGUGCAUUUCAUGAACAGUAAUAUUAAGCACAAUUAAAUAUUGUUUUAUUUAUGUAUCUAUAAUUAUGUAUAUUUAAAUAAGUACUACAUGCACAUAUGAAGGGAAUACAUAAUAAAAUAUCAUACA